AUGAUGCCAGGGUCCUUAUACAGGAUUCAUAAAGAGACUAAAACAAUCGAAAAUUCACAUUUAUAUAGCAUGUGGCCAAUUGAUGAUAAAAAUAUGUAUGAUUUUAUAGGAACUAUAAUAGGACCUCAAGGAACUUCUUAUGAAGGUGGAAUAUUCUUUUUAAAAAUUCAAUUUUCAGAUCGUUAUCCUUUCGUUCCUCCAAAUAUUAGAUUUUUAACUCCAAUAUUUAAUCCAUGUAUAGAUACUAAUGGAAAUAUAACUCUAGAAAUACUAAGAGAUAUGUGAACUCCUGCAAUGACAGUGGAAAAACUUUUGCUGACAAUAAUGAGCACAUUGAAUAGUUUUGAUAUAGAAUAUUCACCUCCUAAUGAAAGUAUUUUGGAAAUAUAUAAAAAUAAUCCAACACAAUAUGAGACGAUGGCUAGAGAGUGGACAAAGAAAUAUGCAAUAGAUUAA